AUGGCCAGCAACGGAGUCCAGAAGUACAAGAUAGCCAGCAUUGGCGCAGAUGGCAUCGGCCCGGAGGUCGUCAACGCCACGAUCCACGUCCUCAAGGCGAUGCAAGGCAUUCUCAACACCUUCGAGCUCGAAUUCACCGAGCUCGACUGGGGCACAGCACGGUACAAGAAAACCGGCCGAUACAUGCCCGAGGAUGGUCUGGACAUCUUGAGGAAAUUCGAUGCCGGACUGUUCGGCGCCGUCGGUGCACCUGAUGUCCCCGAUCACAUCUCACUAUGGCAACUCCUCCUGGCUAUUCGCGGCCCCAUGCAACUCUGGGCCAAUGUCCGUCCCGUGAAGAACUUCCCUAAUGUACCUUCGCCUCUAUCCGGCGUCAAAGACGGGGAUAUUGACUGGGUGUUGGUCCGCGAAAACAGCGAGGGAGAGUACUGUGGACAAGGGGGACGGACUCAUCGGGGCCAGCCGUGGGAGGCCGCCACGGAGCUGUCGAUAUUCACCCGUGUGGGGGUGGAGCGUAUCAUGCGGUUUGCGUUUGAUGUUGCGCGGAGUCGGCCGCGGAAGUUGCUUACCGUGGUUACGAAGAGCAAUGCGAUGCGCAAUGGGAUGGUGUUGUGGGAUGAGGUCGCUUUGGAGGUUUCGAAGGAGUAUCCCGAUGUUAAGUGGGAUAAGGUUCUCGUGGAUGCGAUGACUGUUCGGAUGGUCAAUAACCCCAAGUCCCUGGAUACAAUUGUGGGGACCAACUUGCAUAUGGAUAUUAUAUCUGAUUUGGCGGCUGCGCUGGGUGGGUCGAUUGGGAUCGCGCCGUCUAGUAACUUGGACCCGACUCGCAAGAAUCCUUCCCUUUUUGAGCCGGUUCAUGGAAGCGCGUUUGAUAUCACUGGAAAGGGGAUUGCGAAUCCGGUGGCGACGCUGUGGUCGGCUUCGGAGAUGUUGCUGUGGUUGGGAGAGAAGACGGCAGCGGAUAUCUUGCUGCAGGCUACGGAGCAGACUUGUAGUCUGGGAAUCUGUACCCCGGAUCUCGGUGGAAAGGCGAGUACUGUUGAGGUUGCUGAGGCGGUUAUUGCUCAGAUUAGAAAGAUUGCGGGGAGUGCUUAG